UGCAUUUCUACACAAAUGGGACUAAGUGUUAUUUGGGGGCUUUGAGCAGAAGAGAAAGGGUAUGUAGUGGAGAAUCAAAGAAUUUGGGAAACCACGGGCAAGAUUUGUGGGGCAUUGGCAGAAAGUUUUGUGGUAAAGUCCUGAGUUCUUAUCCAGUUUUGUUAAUGGCACUAAGAAUAUUGGAUAAGGUACCAGUGAAGCAAACAAAGACAUGCAAGAUUGUGAGGGCACAGAGACUUGGGUUAUUUAUCCUGGCCAUGAAAGGUCAUACUUCCAAGGCUGGAGUAAGUGUUGCUUAUGUUUGGUCCACAUUUAAAUUUCCUCAGACAGUCAUGGAAUGAAAUCUCCCUUUGGAAGGCAGAAACCUAUGGAUAGACAACAUUUCACAAAAAAGAUUCCAAAUAGAACUGUAGCAUUACCCAAGUUAGGAGGAAUCCUCUGGUGCCUGCAAGACAUAAGAACCAGAACUCUGGGAUACCAUUGCCUUGGCACAUGGAAUUCAGGGCCUAGCAAGAUGAAGGUGGAUAUCACUGGAUAGCACUUAAACUCCAACAGUAUGCUGCUAGGAUCCAGUCCAGGACACUACGUUAGAUUGUUCUCAUGUCUCCUUUGGUUCCUGUUGAUUGUGGCAGUUUCUCAGAAUUUCUUUGUUUUGAUGACCUUGACAGUAUUGAGGAGUACUAUUCAGCAUGUGGGAUUUUAGUUCCCCGACCAGGGAUCGAACCUGCGCCCCCUGCAGUGGAAGCACAGAAUCUUAACCACUGGACCUCCAGGGAAGUCCUGAUGAUUAAGUGAUUUAGAACACAAGCUUUUGCACAGUGCCUUGCACAUGGAAUGAUUUUCGUGGGACCCAGUGCAUCUUCUCAUUUGAGAUAUCACCGAGAAGCUGUGAGUGAUGUCAUUGCCCUGUACUGGAGAAGCACUGGUGUGUGGGGGUCUCUAUGCAGGUGAUGAUUCUAGGGACCAUGGGCUUGAAGUAGCAGCCUAUUCCCCAGACCCCUAUUCAGGUCCAGUCCACUCUUGAAACUCUUGAAUCAAUGUUUUUCUUCAAGGCCAUGAGAAAAUUAUGUUGUUCAAAUAUGGUAUAUUUGUAUUAAAGUGCAGUGAACUCCAAAUCUGUUUUUGUUAAUAGAAUAAAAAUUCUUUAUCACCUUCCCGGCAAAUUUAAUGUCCCCUUGUCAGGUUAGCUCUUUAAAAUGUAAGAAGAAAUUGUCUUCCUUUUGAUCAUGCGAUUCUCCUCCUAAAGGCUCUUCCUGUUUCACUGUGGAUGAAGUCUAAAGUCCUCCUCCUGAAUGUCAGCACCCCCUAUUAGAUUGCCACAUUUUUUAUACCCAUGAACCUUCUCCCAUGACUCCCAUGCCUGACAUGUUUUCUCAUAAUUUCCUUCACUAGACUGUCAUUCAAAUAACUUUUUAAACUCUUCCCAGAGUAAUGUAAAGAGUGCUAAUACCUCCCUAUCUACUGUGUUUUGAACACUGCUGUUCAGUUAUUACCUAGAGUGCACUGGCCUUUGGUAUGUGUAUGGUAUAAAUACUCAAAGUAUUCAACAUUUGGUUGUGUUUCUAUAUAUCUUCUAAAUAUUUGUAUUAAUGUUGUCUUCUCCCUAAAGAACAUGUAUGUAAGUACCCCAGUCAAUAUAGUACUAAGUAUCUGCUUAUUGAUAAUGAGGAGGAAGAUAAAGAUAGGUCUAGAGUAUAGUCAUUGACAAAUUUGAAUAAGGGGACUUCUUACAUCUGAGGUAGUCAGUGUCUCUGCCUUCUUAAGUCCCUUGGCUGUGAUUAUAGGAAAUUAACUCCCAACUCAGUCCACAGCUGGGUGUUCCUUCAAGAAGAUUGCUAUUUCUGAGUCUUAGAGCUUGGAACCUAUAUUUAUGGUUGGCCACUUGGGAUCCAUAAUCUCAACCAGUGUCUAAUCUUCCUGUAGGGAUUGACUAUUUUACAUUACCAUUCCUAGUUUAUGCUGAUGCUGCCUUCAUCCAUGCCUGUGAUUGGAAUCCUCAUGCUGUACCUGCUCUGAGAAAAAAAUCUAGAGAUAAAUGGAGUAGCAGAUUGGUGCCAAAUAUACUUUGAAGAUAACAGGAAGGACCCAGGGGCCGCCAUAGGAAUAAGGGCAGAGACAUUUGAAGGAUCUACAUGUUCCACAGGCCUAGUAGCACCUGCAUUUCCAGAGACAGUGGGCUGAUGGACAGGGUGCUCCUCUGCUGCAUACAGGCAUGCAACUUAGUCAAAAUAGGAGUUUGAGCAAUAACAGAGGUAACUCUGGGGUAGCUCUCCUGGACUGGUAGCUUUGAAGAAAGAAGAGUAGAAGGAAAAACUAGAAUAAGUCAUGUCGGAGAUACUUGACCUCUCUUUUCUGUCUGAGGUGGAAAGGAAUUUGAUCCUCAGUGUUCUACAACGAGAUGAGGAGCUCCGAAAAGCAGAUGAGAAAAGGAUUAGACGACUGAAGAAUGAGUUACUGGAGAUAAAAAGGAAAGGGGCCAAAAGGGGCAGCCAACACUAUAGUGAUCGGACCUGUGCCCGGUGCCAGGAGAGCCUGGGCCGUUUGACUCCCAAGACCAACACUUGUCGGGGUUGUAAUCACCUGGUGUGUCGGGACUGCCGUAUCCAGGAAAGCAAUGGUACUUGGAGAUGCAAGGUGUGCGCCAAGGAAAUAGAGCUGAAGAAGGCAACUGGAGACUGGUUUUAUGACCAGAAAGUGAAUCGCUUUGCUUACCGCACCGGCAGUGAGAUAAUCAGGAUGUCCCUGCGCCACAAACCUGCAGUGAAUAAAAGAGAGACAAUGGGACAGUCCCUCCUUCAUCAGUCACAGAUGGGCAAUAUCUGGCCAGGAAGAAAGAUCAUUCAGGAGCAACAGAAGGAACCCAGUGUUCCAUUUGAAGUCCCCAAGCUGAAAAGUGGAAAGAGUGCCCUGGAGGCUGAGAGUGAGAGUGUGGAUAGCUACAUGGCUGACUCGGAUAGCACGUCCAGGAGAGACUCUCUGGAUAAAUCUGGCCUCUUUCCAGAAUGGAAGAAGAUGUCUGCCCCCAAAUCUCAAGUAGAAAAGGAAGCUCAGCCUGGGGGUCAAAAUGUGGUAUCUGUGGACGAGGGUGAAAUGAUAUUCAAGAAGAACACCAGAAAAAUCCUCAGGCCUUCAGAGUACACUAAAUCUGUGAUUGAUCUUCGCCCGGAAGAUGUGGGGCAUGAAAGUGGCUCCUUGGGAGACAGAAGCAAAUCUGUCCCAGGUCUCAGUGUGGAUAUGGAAGAGGAAGAGGAAGAAGAAGAAGACAUUGACCACCUGGUGAAGUUGCAUCGUCAGAAGCUAGCCAGAAGCAGCAUGCGAAGUGGCUCUUCCAUGAGUACGAUUGGCAGCAUGAUGAGCAUUUAUAGCGAAGCUGGCGAUUUCGGGAACAUCUUUGUGACUGGCAAGAUUUCCUUUUCCCUGAAGUAUGAGCAGCAAACACAGGCUCUGGUCAUUAACGUGAAGGAGUGCCACCAUCUGGCCUAUGCUGACGAAGCCAAGAAGCGCUCGAACCCAUAUGUGAAGACUUAUCUUCUGCCUGACAAAUCCCGCCAAGGAAAAAGAAAAACCAGCAUCAAGCGGGACACCAUUAAUCCGCUAUAUGAUGAGAUCCUCAAAUAUGAGAUCCCAGAAUCUCUCCUGUCCCAGAGGACUUUGCAGUUCUCGGUUUGGCAUCAUGGUCGUUUUGGCAGAAACACUUUCCUUGGAGAGGCAGAGGUCCAGAUGGAUUCCUGGAAGCUUGAUAAGAAACUGGAUCAUUGCCUACCUUUACAUGGAAAGAUCAGUGCUGAGUCCUCGACUGGCUUGCCGUCACACAAAGGCGAGUUGGUGGUAUCACUGAAAUACAUCCCAGCCUCCAAACUCCCUGUUGGAGGUGACCGGAAGAAGAGUACAGGUGGGGAAGGGGGAGAGCUCCAGGUGUGGAUCAAAGAAGCCAAGAAUCUGACAGCUGCCAAAUCAGGAGGGACUUCAGACAGCUUUGUGAAGGGAUACCUCCUUCCCAUGAGGAACAAGGCCAGUAAGCGUAAAACUCCUGUGAUGAAGAAGACCCUGAAUCCCCACUACAACCAUACAUUUGUCUACAAUGGUGUGAGGCUGGAAGAUCUCCAACACAUGUGCCUGGAACUGACUGUGUGGGACCGGGAGCCCCUGGCCAGCAAUGACUUCCUGGGCGGGGUCAGGCUGGGUGUUGGCACUGGGAUCAGUAAUGGGGAAGUGGUGGACUGGAUGGACUCGACUGGGGAAGAAGUAAGCCUAUGGCAGAAGAUGCGACAGUACCCAGGGUCUUGGGCGGAAGGGACUCUGCAGCUCCGUUCCUCGAUGGCCAAGCAGAAGCUGGGCUUGUGAGCCCCUAUCCUCUGCAGGUCCAACCUUGUCUAGGGCAAGUCAGAGGAAGCAAAGAAACCAAGGGUGAAGAUGUAUAAUUUAGUGUGUGUGUAUGUGUGUAUGUGUGUGUGUGUGUGUGUGUGUGUGUGUAAACGUGUAUUUCUACAAAUCUCAUUAUGCUAGAGUGAUGUAGACUAUCCCUUUUUAAAGCAGGCUCGAAAAUAAGCGUCUCUUCAAAAUGUUUUUAUUUGUGCAUAAACUACUAUAUAUUUUCAGAGUCCAUGUUUCUUAUAUCUUUAUGAGAUUUAAUUAACUUAUCUUUUAAAACAACUUUUUAUCACCUGUCUUGCUAUCCUGGUUCUUCCUUCCCCAGGAAGCCCUGGCUGCCUUUGGCACUCAUACUGGUCUGUGUUUCAAGGUGUGCCUGGUCUGAGGCCAAGGCUCUGGGAAGCAGGGGUGGGUUACAGAAGAUGGGGUGGAAGACAGAAGAUGGGAGAGAGGUGAGUAGGUCCAUCCUUCCUUCUCCAAUUUAUGCUUUUAACUCCAUUUCUACCUUGACACAUUUCUGGAACUUGGCUUUUAACUCUUCUUGUUUGUAGCAGUUUCCACCUUGCUUGGGUCGAAUGCUUUUCUUGGAAAUGCUAAGAAAAUGUCUAAGUUGCUUCCAGUUCUGAAAACCUUCCCUAGACCUUUGGGGAACCCUUAUAACAGAGCUGCUUUAGAAGAGCACUUUAAUUAGAUAAUGGCCUUUGGACUGGGUCAUGGGCAUGCCCAGUAAGGGCUUCUCAGUGGUCCCUGAGGACCAGUGACUGAGUGUCUCCUAGCCCAUGCUGAAUUCUUUGCAUUUUAAACUGAUACAGCAGUUGUUAAAGAGCUCCUAAUUUCUCUAAUGAAAGACAAGACAUCUUCACUCUCACGUACCACACUUUUCUUAGCGUUUGUGUUCGCCAUAUGUUACCACCCAGAAUAGGGUCUACAUACUGUUAUGUCAGCCAGAAUGGCCACGUAUGGUCUAAACCAGUCCAGUGUUUCUCCAGGCUGGGCACUGUUAGUGUCCAAGAGAGUGUGUUCAGAGAAUCUCCCAGGUUUUCUGACUUCCUUCUUGAAGUGGUUUCAGUUCCUAUUUUUUCUCUUGUUUCCUGAAGUUGACCUAGAUGUAACCUGGGUGUGGUGGGUUGAGACCUUUCUAAGAAGGGUCUAGCGAUCUAAGGUUCAUUUUCUGAAACUCACUCUCCCAAACUGACCUUCUUAUUCUCACAGUUUUAUCUUCACAAAGUCAUUUGUAAAAGGAGUCUGUACCGGAGAAGAAAUCCCUUUCAGUAGAGUUGACUGCUAGCGGACUCUCCUAUAAGGCUACUGGAUUGAAGGUGGCCACUGCUUUCUGUUGUAUGUGUGAAGUGAACGGAAGAGUGUUUUAAAAAGGUUUAUUCGGUGUGGAUUGAUAUUGUAAUGGAAGGCAUAACUUGGGAUCCUGGACUGUCACUUGCUCCUUUGUUCUCCACCCCCUGAAAUGUGUGUGUGCUUCAAUAAAGCUUUCUUCCUUGUCAAGCGUUUGCAUUUGUUAGUCUUAUAGAUGCUUUCGUCUCUGAUGUCCUGACUUACUGUUGUUGCUUUUCAUGUGGCUUGAAGGAUAAGAACCAAAGUGACAAAUGCCCUUCCCUAACCAUACUGUGCUCACUUGAAGAAAAUUUCCCUGUCCCCACAUUGGUGCCUGAUAGCUCUGCCGAGCUCUGAUCCAUUGACCUCUGUGUUUGGUAUUGAGGGAGAGAAU